AUGAAGAUCGUCAACCCGGCCGCCUUCGCCCUCGUGUGCAUCCUCGCCCACACCUCUGGGGCCUCCGCCAAGAAGUCCUUCGAACCCAAGGAUCACUCUGGUUCGGGUUCCGGCAAGUCGGGGCACAUGAAAACCGCAGCUGACUUCGACGGAACUGGUGCCGUCAUGAAAGUCUGCCCGACCGGAGACUGCACGGCGGGGAAAUUCAUGAAGCUCGCCGUCGCCAGCCUCACGGAGCUAACUGCUGCCGGCGACGAGGUGGGCCACAUCGACAAAUUCAAACCCAAAAACAGCGACUGGACUGACGUCGUAGAGAAGGACGUGAACGGAGCCACCGUAUACUCAACGACGUUCGUGACAACACUCGAGGAGAAUGGCGCGCUUUUCAACCUAACGGCCGACAUCUACCCGGUUACUACGGCGGUGUCGUACGGUUCCCAGAACCUCACCGUUCCCGCCGGCUCGCUCAAGUUCACGGUUGACAUCGCCAACUGGCCUUUCGAUGACGAUGCCAACACCCUCACUCUCGCUGUCACGCUGGAUGCGAAGGGACCCAAGGGCGGAAAACUGGGCAAGCCGAAGAAGAAAGCGAAGGGCAGUGAUUCCGGUAGUUCCGAUGCCUCGGACGUCGAGCGCGUGGACAUGGGCGACUCCAUGUUCAUGGACACGCCGACCUACGCAAUGGUAGACGGCGUCGAGACGCCAUUGGUGAACUCAUCGGUGGUUGACACAGCGGGCGACACUGAAUUCCAAUGGGUCUUCACCUCUUUCAAAGAAACUCUCCACUAUGACCCCGUGCUCGGCGACAGCAGCACUGGCAACACUACGACCACGUCUACGUCGAGCUCCUCGUCCGGCGCCACGACCACCACCUCGACCUCGUCAGCGAGCGUGAUGUCCCUUUCAAGCCUUGCAGCCGGUGCCCUUGCGGCGAUCGCGUACAGCCUCUUCUAA